AUGACCACCAUCGUUGAGCUAGUGAUCUUGAAUCUUAAAAAGGACUUCGUGGACGGGUUCGAGCGGAAGGACUUGAAAUGGCCCGCUGCUGAGUACGGCAACAUCGACAACGAACUGAAGACGAUCACCACUUCCGACUUCACGCGCUACUUCUUCUAUUUCCCUCGUUCCCACAUGCCGUCACCGCCGCACCUGUCAUCGAAGUUGUACAUCUUCGUAUCCUCCUUUGACGUCUGCCACAAGCACCAACUCAGCGAAGGUGUCAACCUGGUUUGACAUGUACCAGCUGGGACCGCACACAUGUCAUUUACAAGAGUAGAGGUCAGGGCACGUAAUCGCGGUGCAUACCUUGAACUCAAGAUUGAACGAGUGCCCGAUCCUUCAGACGAGCUCAUCGAGGCUGC